AUGCAAAUGGAUUCAGGCUCGUGCCUUCGCAAGGUCUGCUUGCUCUUGCUCUCGGUGCUGGCGUUGGUGCUCUCGAAUGGAGCCCCCUCCCGUGCGCAAGAUAAGGUCUACGAUGUGACGAGCUUCGGGGCCGUCGCCGAUGGAAAGACCGACGACAGCAAGUUCAAGGGGCCAUGCACCGGACCCAUCGUGGUCACGGUCGAAGGGGUGGUCAAAGCGCCCGCUGACAAGUCAACGUUCUCCCUGGACCAUUGGAUCACCUUCCAGUACGUCAGCGGGAUGCUGAUCAACGGCGACGGUACGUUCGAUGGCCAGGGGCCCGAAGCUUGGCCUUACAACGAAUGCGCUUGCAAGUCUCUUCCAGUGUCGGUGAGGUUCAAUUUCGUCAACGACACAUCGAUCCGCUCGAUAAGUUCGAUCAACAGCAAGAACUUCCACUUCAACGUCUAUGCCUGCAAUGAUCUCGAGUUCCAGGGCGUGCGGAUAACUGCCCCCGACGAAAGCCCCAACACGGACGGGAUCCACAUAGGCGACUCGUCCCGCAUCAAGAUUGCCGACUCGGUGAUCUCGACCGGGGACGACUGCGUCUCAGUCGGGCCGGGGUCCAAGGACAUCGACAUCGUGGGCGUCCACUGCGGGCCGGGUCACGGGUUCAGCGUGGGGAGCCUCGGGAAGUACCCGGACGAGGCGGACGUCACCGGGCUGACCGUGAGGGAUUGUACCAUGGUUGGCACCCAGAACGGUGUGAGGAUCAAAACGUGGGCUUCUACGCUCAAAAGCACCGCCCACAAUUUCUCGUUUGUUGACAUUAAAAUGAAGGAUGUGCGAAGUCCCAUUAUUAUUGACCAAGAGUAUUGUCCCCGUGGUGGUUGUUCUAAUGAGACGGGGUCAAAUGUUCAGAUCAAGGACGUUUGGUUCGCGAAUAUCCAGGGCACUUCGGCUUCGCAGGUGGCGGUCAACCUCGUAUGCAGCCCGAGCUUGCCUUGCAAGAACAUCAAUCUCGACAACAUUGACUUGGCUUACACCGGCGACGAUGGGCCUACGAAAUCGCAUUGUGCUCAUGUGGAAGGCGACACUAGUGGCAUACAAAAGCCACCUUCUUGCAUUUAG